CAAUCAAUAGUCAAAUGGAGUCCACAGCCAAUGAUAACAUAAGUGAAGAUGCUGUCAGUCAAGUUUUGGGGAAAGAUAGACCUGGGAGAAUUAGAGGUUUGGGAAGAGGGAUUACUGCAACCAAACUAGCAUUCCUACAGGUUUGGUGCAAAAUCUUGAAGCAAAACAAGCCGAAUUGCUUAGCCAGAUUCUAGACCUGAAAAGUGUAGUCAAUGACUUAGCUGGAAAAAGGAAACACUCUGAAACUAUGGGAGCUCAAUCUGAGGUUAGUGAUGUCAGUAGAGGAGUUAGGUGUCAGCUGCUUGAAUGGGGUUCAACAGAAGAUGUUAUUAUCGGGGAAGGAGAAUUCUGCUCUGCUAAUCCAGCAUACAAGAUUGGUCGCAUUCCACUUGGUCCCAAUGCGGCAGCUGUUGUUGUCAAAUCUGUAACAGACAAAGAUUCACCAUUGUGGAGGCCUACCCCAACCAUGUUCUCACUUGGGGAAGCUGUGGGACUCAAAAUUCCUUGGCAAGCUGAUAAGGUGAUUUUGGAUGACAACUACCCAAAAAGUCCAAAUAGAACUUCUGAUUCCAAGGAGACAAUAUCAGAUGAGUCAAUUCAAAGAUGCAAAGUUUUUGAUUGGAAUUCUCAUGGUGAAGUUAUUGCUGAGGGUGUUUUAUGUUCCACUGAUCCUGCCCAAAUGGUCGACAACAUUCCCCUUGGUAAAAAUGCUGCCAUUGUGAAGAUUGACCUUAUUGUGAAGGCUGCGUCUUAUGUGUGGAGGCCAUCAGCUACAGUACUUGUGAUCUCUGAUGCACUCGAUCAAGAAGUCCCAUGGCCAAUUAAUAAGAUAGAAAUCAUCACUCAAAAUGCAGGGGAUGAUUCAGUGAGGAAAUCGCCUGGGAAUACAAGUACCAACUCUGGUUCCAGCAAAGGAGUAAAGAAGAAGUAUAUUAUUAAGUUAUGA